GACAGUGACAUAAGAAUUGAGAGAAAUAUCUUUCAGCUCCCAAAUGUAAACUAGCUGCUGGAGAACAUUAAACUGACAGCAUGCAAUGGGUAUAUAACUUUGGAUCAGCAAUGGCUUGCAUGAUUCCAUAUUGGAUGCCCAAAUUAUUGAGAAAAGCUUGUGUAACUGACAUCCCUGACCCUACUGUGUUGGCUUAGGAGUAAGUCUUAAAGAAUUCAGUUGGUCUCACUUUCAGGAAGCUUCCUCAGUUAGAAGAAUCCAGAUGUUGAUGCAGUUGCCACCUCAACUCCAGCCUUCCAUUCUCUCUGGUUCUAAAGAGAAUGGCUGCAUUGCUGACUUUUUACCUCUUUGACUUUCUGCUGGCUCUUGGGCUUGGCUUACAGUGUGAACGAUGCAGCAGCAAAACCAAUUCCUGCACCGGGGCCCCAUAUAAUUGUCCAAAAUCUGAAAAGGCCUGCCUGAUCCUUACCACAGAGAACAUCAUUGAGAAUGAUCAAUGGUUCUCCACCUAUAAAGGCUGUGUGCCAACCAAGAACUGUCCAUCUUUUUCCAUGAGUUUUACGUUUCCUUCGAAGCAUGAGCGAAGGACGGCCAAGUGUUGCUACCAUGAUUUCUGCAACAAAGGAGCUGUGAAAUUGGAAGACGCAAAGAAAACACAAAAUGGACUGAAGUGCCCGGGAUGCUUUUCUAUGAAUCUGGAAUGCCAAGCCACAGAGAUGUUGAACUGCCAUGACAAGGAGCAGAAAUGUGUUUACAUGGGUGUGACUGUGCAACACGAUAAUGAGAUCUACGUGUUUGCCAAACGGGGCUGUGGAACCAAGCAAGCUUGCAGGAAUAAAGAGCGCACCUUUGGCAUCCCUGGGUUGUAUGCAGAAAUUUGGAAGAAUGUUACAUGUUCUCAUGCUGCCAAGUGAUUGAUUUAAUGAGCAGGGGGCUAGUCCCUCAGAUCCUUAGAAGCCGGGCAAGUAGAGCUUAAUUGGACCGAGUUCUAAUUACCUCGAACAAUGAGUUCAUUUCUUUUUUAUGGCUGAAUAAAAUC